UCAGUGAUGGACCCCUCGGUUACUCUCUGGCAGUUCCUGCUACAGCUUCUGGAGGAGAAACACAGUGAGAACCUCAUCACCUGGACGUCCAAUGUGGGCGAGUUCAAAUUACUAGAUGCCGAGAAAGUCGCUCGACUGUGGGGGCUGCGCAAGAACAAAACCAACAUGAACUAUGACAAACUAAGUCGGGCCUUGAGAUAUUACUACGAUAAGAACAUCAUCAAGAAGGUCAGCGGCCAGAAGUUCGUUUACAAGUUUGUGUCCUAUCCGGAGCUGGGCGGCGUCGACUCGUCCAGGGAGGAAGCCAAGAAGGCGGAGAAGGUUCCAGAAGCCCCACCGACGGCGAGCGAGGGGUCAGCCCGCCCCCACAAGGGGUGGAAAGCGAGCUGGAGGAGCCGGGGAACCCGCAACGAGUACAUGAGAUCUGGGCUGUAUUCCACCUUCACCAUCCAGUCCCUUCGGAACGCCACCAAGAUGGAUGGGGAUGAGGAGGAGGUGGUGGUGCUGCUGGAUCCUUCCCCCGAUGGCCAAGGUCUGGGGCCGCUGGAGGGCGAAGGAGGGGCCGAGGUCGGAGGUCAGAGUUCGCAGGUGCUGGUGAUCCUGGAGCCCUCACCUCCGGACGAGGAGGAGGAGGAGGAGGAGGAGGAGGAGGUCGGGGAUGAGUCGCGACUGACCCCCGGGGAGACUUCGGAGAUGCCGCUGGACAGAGAGAGCGACCAGGCCAAGGCUUUGGCCAACAGGAACCUGCAGAAGGCCAAGAAACCCAAGGCCCUGGAGCUGAGCUCCUCGGGGCAGACAAGCAGCAGGCAGUGCCCGUCCCCGGACAGGUGCAACCCCAGCUCGACAACCAACUUCCUGUCGCCCGUCAGCGCCAACACCACCGCCCCCAGCUCACUGACCCCCACGGUCAUCGCCACACACUCGCUGACCCCAGUCCUUCUCACGCCCAGUGCCCUCCCACCAACCAUCCACUUCUGGAGCACCCUCAGCCCCAUCGCUCCACAGAGUCCAGCCAAACUCUUCCAGUUCCCAGCAGCGGUUGGGACCCAGAUGCAGGUCCCUGUCCCGAGUGUGGAUGGACUGUCCACCCCUGUGGUGCUCUCGCCUGGAAUCCAGAAGCUGUGA